UCAGAUGCAGACGAUGUCAAAGAUCGCAGCCACAACGCCGAUGAUGACGUGUAUGACAGUGACCUUGAUUCUCAGCGGUCUCAGCCCAACCGCAUAAAACGAGAGCAUCACAAAAAAAUGAGGGAAUGGCGCUCCAAGGCGGCAACAAAAUUCGAAAAAAUGCUGCUUGACUGCAUAGUGAAUAUAGAUGAAAUAGCCCCCGAUUAUAAAGACGUGGUUGUUGAUCCAGGGGUCAUUAAAAAGCUGGAAGAUGUCACCCGCCUGUCACUGCAGCGGCCUCGCGCUUUUUCUCGCGGCGUCCUCAAAGGAAACAGAGUCACUGGAGCCAUUCUUUGGGGUCCACCAGGCACCGGAAAGACAUUGCUUGUCAGGGCGCUGGCUAGGCAAUCCGAGUUCAAUAUGCUCUCAGUCUCCACUGCUGAGCUGUGGCAGAAGUGUCAUGGCGAAGAUGAAAAAGUUAUCAAGGCUGUCUUCUCCAUGGGUCGGAAGUUGUCUCCAUGCAUCAUAUUCUUGGAUGAGGCCGACGCCAUGCUCGGAGCACGGAAAGCGGGCGAGAAAAGACACAUACGCGCAAUGUUCAACCAAUUCCUCAUGGAAUGGGAUGGGCUUAUAAGCAGCAAACAGGCCCCGUUCUUGCUGCUGGCUACCAAUCGACCUUUUGAUCUAGAUCCAGCUGUCUUGCGCAGGGCGCCCAUGCAAAUUCAUCUGGAUAUUCCAACUCCAAGAGAGCGAUUGGAGAUUAUUACAAGGUUGCUUGCUGAUGAAACUCUGGAAAGAGGCAUGACAUGCCAUUUUCUUUCACAACAGACACACCUCUACUCAGGAUCUGACUUGAAAAAUCUAUGCGUUACAGCUGCAACGCUUUGCGUCAGCGAUCAAGAAGAGGAUACCGACAACCGAAUUUUGACACGGAAACACUUUAUUGAGGCACUGAAUAUUAUUAAACCAACAAACAUGACCAAGGUGAUGAAGAAUGAACUACAAAAAUUUGAGAAAAGCGUUGCCCAAGAUGAGAAUAACCAGGAAGAAGAGUAG